AUUUGAUUGUCAAUUACACAUCAGUUAACAAAAGAAGAAAAAACGCCCAAUUUGACCAACUUUGGCUUCCACUUUGAAACAAAGAAACCCUAGCUAGCUUCAGCACUUCCCAAAAGGUUCAUUAAUUCUUAAGCACUUCCCAAAGGUGAAUGCAAGUAAUCCCACAUCAUUAAUUGUUUAGAAGGCGGCUUAAGUUAAUUAGCUCACGGAAGCAAGGGCCACCCAAACCCAAUCCCACACAAGAAGAAGACCAAAACCCAAAAAAUAAAAUAAAAAUCACCAAGAGGCCAAUUUGGUCAUUUUUCAACCCAAUUAGCUCUGUUCUGUUCUUAUUAGAUGUCAAUAUUUCUAUAUAUAACACACAGCCGGUCCACCCCUCCAUAGCAUUCAAUUCAACCUUCCAAACCAACACCAAAGAAAAAACAGAGCAGCCAAAAACAGAGCAACCCAAAAAACAGAGCAACCCAGAAAACAGAGUGAGAGGUCAAAAAAUCUAAAAUGGGCAACAGUCUAAGGUGCUGUUUGGCUUGUGUGCUACCCUGCGGAGCUCUUGACUUGAUCCGGAUCGUCCAUUUGAAUGGCUACGUAGAAGAAAUCUCGCAUUCUGUCACAGCCGGUGAGAUCCUCGAAGCGAACCCAAAUCACGUUCUGAGCAAACCCAGCUCCCAAGGCGUCGUUCGUCGUAUUUUGAUACUCUCACCGGAGACGGAGCUCAAGCGGGGCAGCAUCUAUUUCUUGAUCCCGACUUCUUCUAUACCGGAGAAGAAGAAGAAGAGUAAGACUAGCGGCGUUAAGAAGCCGUCGAAAAAGAGCACUAAAAACCACACCGAAAGUACCGACCGCUACUUAAUGGAGAUUGUCACUGAAAAGAAGUCUUCGUCACGGCGGGAUCGCCGGGCCGGCCGGGCCACAGUAUGGCGGCCUCAUCUCGAGAGCAUCACCGAAGACUAACAAAUUUUUUUCCGGUGAUGGAUGGGAGGGGGGGUAUUUUUUUUUUUGGGGGUACAUGGGGGGGUUUGGUAUUUUCUCUUGUGGAUAAAAUGUGGUUUUGCUGGUUUUUUUUUUUUUUUUUUUUGGGUCUGCGUAUAGUAAUGGCAGAUUCAGAAUUAAAUUUAGUGUUCACGAGGUCAUGAUCUGUUUGGUUCUCGAGAAAACUGAAAAAUCAUGGCACACUGGCAGUCUUGACAGAGGGAGAGAGAUAGAAAAGAAGUGUACGUUUUUACGAAAACAAUUGUAUGUACACCUUCAAGUUUGUAAGUAAAUAUGUUUCUUCUUCUAUU